UGUGUUGGACAGGCACACAUCCACUAAACGCCAUUAACGGACCCUUAGAGACCCUCACAGCUGACUUAUCGCACUCCAGUUAAUCCUUCUGGACCUUCUGUUCUCUACCACAACAUGAUGUUUCUGACUGCUGGUUUCUGUCUUCUGGCCAUGGUGGCCUCCUCCAUGGCACAGGAAUCAAGCAACACUACGGUGGCAUUAAACAGCACAACAGUAGGACCGACUACUGGCAACGUAACCGCUGUGCUGCCUGUAACGAACGCCACUGUAUCUGCAAACAGCACCACGGUUGCUGCUAACGCCACCACGGUACCAUCCAACAUCACCACUGUACCAUCCAACGUUACAACAGUUCCAUCUAACACCACUACAGUGCCAUCCAACGCCACCACGAUUCCAUCUAAUGCCACCACGGUGCCAUCCAACAUCACCACCACGGUCGGACCCAACGUCACCACUGUGAUUACCGCCACAACGCCUUCCGGCAGUCCUGACCUUCAGUCUACCCUACUACCGAUCCUUCUCCCCGCCCUGUAUCUGCUGUGGAACCGAUCAUAACCUGGUUCAGGUGAUGAACCAACCACAGACUCUACAUCACCGUGAAGAUCUCACCCUCUUUACCGCCAUUUAUAGACUUCUUACUGGUCUCGGACCUGUGAUUGUCCGGCCCGGUGCUCAGGAGCAUUGAAUUAUACGUAACUGGGCCACGAAGCUCACUCUGCGAACGCAGUUUUUUUUUAAAUUAUUAUUACUUAAGAUGAUGAAGUUUUUGGUCGGCAAGAUCAAGACUAAAUUGCACAAAACAGAUUUGUUCCCCUUUAAUUUGUAGCACUGAUUAAAAAUAUAUAUUUAUACGUUUGUCUUUGUUAAAGACGUAUCCGUGGAUGUCACCUUCAUUUUUGUAUAUGUUGUUUAAUAUGUAGUAAUAAAAAAUAAAUAAAUAAAUUAACUACAAAAAAAUAUUUUAUGAACUUU